CCUCGCCGUCCCUUUCCUCUUCAUCCCCGAUCCCUUCCUCCCGCAAGCCGCUCUCAUGCUCCUGUCCUGCCCUACCCCAAAGCUCCAAUCCCACCAAAUGCGGCCACUAAAAUAUCUCUCACACUGACUCCGCCGCCGCCGCCGCGCUCUAGAGCCGCCGCCCUGCCGUAGCUCAGCGUCUCCGCUGACGCCUCACACCGUCAAACCCACCUCUUCUAUCGCGCGCCGCCGCCCGCCGUCGCCGUCCCGGUUCAGCCUCGUCGCCUCCCUGCUGUCUCCGCCCCGCCAGCAGCCUUGGCAGGUGGAUUUCAAGGACCAGGGGGCGCGUGAUGGGGAGGUAGGCGUCGCGGCGUGGCGUGGCGUGCCUGCCGGGAGCCGAUUCGGCCGCCGGAAAAUGGUGCUGGUGGUGAAGCAGCACCGCUGCACGCACUCGGCGACCUGCUCCUGCACCAAGGGCCACCUGAGCGAGGACGCGCUCUUCCUCGUCUUCCGCCACAUGAACUGGAACCCGCGGCUGAUCGCCACCCUCUCCUGCGUCUGCAAGUGGUUCGACGAGGUGGCCAAGCAGGUGCUCUGGAAGGAGUUCUGCCACGCCAGGGCGCCCAAGAUGAUGCUCGACCUGCACUCCGACGGCAGCCACAUUGUGGACGGCAACUGGAAGGCGCUCGGGAAGCUGCUCAUCUACUGCAACGGGUGCACCAAGGGGGGCCUCUUCGGCAACGUCCACGUCCCGGGCCACUUCGUGUUCAGGACGCGCUUCUCCAGGACCGCCGGCAAGAGCUUCCUGCCCAUGCAGUGUAGGAUGGACGUCCUGUACGUGUCCGAUCCGUGCGAGCAUCUCGAUCAGGGGGAAGAGGGCGACUUGGGCUUCUUCCGUGGCAUCUUCAAGUCGUUUGCCACUUCGAGGGUCAAGAAGAUCUUGAUUGAGAAGCGGGCUAGGUUCCACCCCAAGGAGGUCUGCCCCUAUUGUAAGGCUAAGCUGUGGAACAUGCUGCACGCCGAUAUGAUGCCGGCGAGUGCUUCUGCCAGGCUGGGUGCUUACGACGAUUCCGUGGAGUACUUUGUGUGCCUCAAUGGACAUGUUAUUGGACUGGGUACCCUGCUACCGCUCUCGGAUUCUGAGGAGGCACCCGAGGAGUAAACAUCAGCAACAUGAAUCAGGUUUGCAAGAAGGAAUCAUGGGGCCUGUGCCCUUUUGUUGCUUGAUCUUGGUUGUGUCUAACAGCGCGAAGGCAUGACGUGGCAAAACUGCAGGGCGACAAGAAUGUGCAGCUAGCUUUGCAUCUAACUGCAAUGGUGUUGCAUCAGGUUAAAACUGAUGUUUCUUCAUGGUCUGUUUAUUUCUGAUUCCCUAUUUCUUGUUCUCGUCAUUGUAAUGUACACGCCGACCUGUCGCUUUGUCCUACAUGUGCAGAGCAUAUGUAUCACAGCAUGAUGAGACCGCGUUGUAAAAUUGGUGCCCAUAUUGGACCGCAUAUAUUCAUGUGAUGUUCCUGACUGUUUUUUAUUUU